UCUCUUCCUUUUUUCUUUCCUCCCUCUCUCUCUCUCUCUCGCUCGCUCGCUCUCUCUCUCUCUCCAUUAUAUCUUUCUUCUUUCUUUCCUUCUCCCAGUUUCUGAUUCUUGGGUUCAAACUCUUUUAAAUAAUGCCUGCAACGGAGUGCCAGCCGUCGUUUCUUGCAAGAUUCAGCAUCCGCCGGAGCCAGGUGAUCUCCAUGGACCGCAACCGUGAGCAGCAGCUCGAGGACCUUGAGCUUUUUCAGAAGCACGUGGCUGAUCGCUUCGCUGAUUUAUUGUCUCCGCCGAAGGAGGUCAUCUCUAGUGAACCUCUGAUGUCUAUUUCUUGGCUUAGGAAACUUGUGGAUAUGUUCUUGUGCUGCGAGGCUGAGUUCAAGACUAUUCUUAUCAUGGGUCGCGACCCUUCUCAAAUCUGCAAGCCGCCGCUGGAUCAAUUGAUUCCUGAGCUCAUGGAACGAGCUGUUAAAGCUCUCGAUAUUUGCAAUGCAGUGUCCAGUGGUAUUGAUUCCGUGCUUCAGUGUCAAAGAUUUGCUCAAAUUGCAGUUUCUGCUUUGAAGCAGAAUCCGGUAGGUGAUGGACAAGUGAAGCGAGCGAGAAAAGCUUUGAGUUCCAUGCUAAAUGCGAUGACGGUCGAUGAUAAAGAGAAUUAUAGCAAGGGUGCGGAGAGAACAUGGUCUUUUGGGAGAAGAGGGAAUACUGCAGGAACUAAUAAGGAACGAGCGGCGGGCAACUUUCGAUCUUUGUCAAUGAUAGUGGCUAAAAAUUGGUCUGCUUCAAAGCAGAUUUUAGCAAUGUGUUCCAAUCUUGUGCCCCCUCGAAGUGGAGAACCAACGGGAUUGGCUUCACAUGUUUAUAUAAUGAGCUCUGUUAUGGUGUUUGUAAUGUGGGCUCUGGUGGCUGCAGUGCCGUGUCAAGAGAGGAGUGGAUUGGCCACUCAUCUUCAGAUUCCCAAGCACUUGACGUGGGCACACAGCAUGAUUGGGCUGCAAGAGAGGAUCGCAGAGGAGUGGAAGAAGAAGGAGAAAAAAUGUUCUGCGGGUUUGCUGGAGGAGAUUCAAAAGAUGGAGAAGUUGGGACAGAGCUUGAUUGAAUUUGCUGAUGGGUUCCAAUUUCCGGUGGAUACAGAGAAGAUGGAUGAGGUGACGACGCAAGUGGCAGAAUUGGCAGAGAUUUGUAAGAGAAUUGAAGAAGGAUUGGUGCCUUUGCAGAUGCAAAUUAGAGAAGUUUUUCAUAGGAUUGUGAGGAGCAGAACAGAAGUGCUUGAAAUGAUGGACCAUGCUGCCAAAGUUCCUCAACCUGUAGUAUAAAUUUGGCAGACUACACCUCCUCAAUAGCAAUCUUGAAGCUUGAAACGUCGAAAGUGUUUGCUAAUUUCUGAUGCCUAGUUCAAAUUGUUCAUUGGUGUAUGAACAUGUUAUGUAAAUGUUGAAACUAAAAUGUGGAUUUAUAUUGGGUUUUCUAUUACUUAUCUUUGUGUUCGCAGGGAUAUUGCUUCAACCGCCAGUUUUGUGGCGAAGAGUGCAUUUCUAGGUGUGAAUUGCACUGUCUUUUUUUCUUCUCGUGUGAUAUAGAAAUGUAAAUACCUGUUUUAAUGUUCUUUUUUUUGCUUAAAAAAAUAUAUAUAGGCUGCUUUUGUCCUUGAGAA